AUGGGCGUCGCAGUCCCCGAGCUCAAGCAGUACAUGGACAAGAAGCUUCGGCUGAAGCUGAACGGCAACCGCGGCGUCGUGGGUGUCCUCCGCGGCUUCGAUCAGUUCCUCAACCUGGUGCUCGACGAGGCGCACAACGACGUCGGCCCGGACAAGGAGCCGCUCGGCAUGGUGGUGGUGAGGGGCAACAGCGUGCAGGCGAUGGAGGCGCUCGAGCACAUCCCCAAGGCCAAGGGCACCGCGUGA